AACAUUGCUAUAGGCCCAAAUCACACUUUUAUGUAUAUACGCAACGCAGCUAGGGUUUCAACGCUGAAGCACCGUAAAAAGUUUUUGGGAGGAGGCAGAGCAAUGUACCCGAGGAGGAAGUCAUGUGAAAAAUUUGGGGGGAGACGACCACAUCCCGGUACUUUUCGGCGUAGAAAGAAUACGGGGCUGUCUGAUCUUUUGCCCGCCGGCCGAGAACUCCGAUUUAACAGAUGUUUGAGGAUGAAAAAGUCAUCACUUGCUGCUACAAAUUCGACCAUACCCUGUCUGCAUGGUCCUCCUUUGGUGAUGAAGAAAAUGUCAUCACUUACUACUACUUCCACCAUGCCCUGUCUUGAUGCUCCUUUGAAAAUAUCAUCACCUCACGAUGUUACUGCCACCACCACCAUACCUCAGUCGCCAUCAAGCUGAGCUCAGCUCCGAUCAAGUUUAGAGAUGUGAUUCCUCCAUAAGCGGCAUCUUGAUGAUCAACAGCAUAGCCUAAUCCACCACCUAAGUUCUUAUAACUAUAUUAUAUUUCAAUAUAUUUUGUAACUUCAAAAAAAAACCUGUGUUUGCUUUAUCACGACUUAUUGAAAAAUAAAGAACUUUUCCUAUGUGAUAUUGAUAAAUCUUUUGUAAUGAUUAAGUCGUUUUCUUGUA